ACUGUAGAACACUGUCACACGGACCGUUAGACUAAGGACAAUCAUGUCACUGUAUGAGGCUCGACUUGGAGGGAGGGUCAACAUCCUUGUCAAGCUUAUGGAAUUGGUUUUCGGUAUCGUAGCGUGGGCCGUUUUGGCGACUGUCCACGGCACGUUUGCUGGGAUGUGGUGGGGACAACAUUACGUCAUGGCGGCCUGUGUCACGUGCUCGCUGGCGACGCUUCUGCUCAUGGUGCUGGCGGGGUCGGGAAAAUUCUCAAACGACACUGUGAAUCUGGUGUACGGAAUCCUGGCCGCCGCAGCCUAUGUCGCCGCCGCGGUGAUCCAGUGUUGGAACGCCAACAGGAACUACGGGCGGGCAUACACCAUCUACGAGAGACACAUCAUCUCCGCCUCCUUUGCGGUUGGAACAGCUGUGGUGUACUGUGCUGACCUUCUGCUGAUGCUGAAACUGUGCAAGUGUGUUUUCAUCAUUAGAUCAUGAGGGACGGACAAGUGUGUAUUUAAUUGAUUUGAUUAUAUGGAUGACAUCCUCUUAUAGAAGUACCAAUGAAAGAAGUUUGGC